UCGAUCCAAGUGUAAGAAAGUAGCUAGCUUGUGAUGGCCGAUGCCGAGGAAGAGGCGUGCAUGUUCGCGCUGCAGCUGGCCACAUCGGCAAUCCUGCCCAUGACGCUCCGGACUUGCAUCGAGCUGGGCCUGCUGGAGACCCUUGCCGCCGCCGGCGGGAAAGCGCUAACACCGGAGGAGGUGGCCGCCGCCAAGCAGCUACCUUCCAAUAAUUCCAAGGCCACGACCAAGACCAACCCGGAGGCGGCGGCCAUGGUGGAUCGUAUGCUUCGGGUGCUGGCCGCAUACAAGGUUGUGUCCUGCGUGGUCGAUGAGUGCGAUGACGGCAGCCUCUCCCGGCGGUACGGCGCCGAGCCGGUGUGCAAGUGGCUCACCGCCAACGAGGACGGCGUGUCCAUGGCUCCGUUCUGCCUCCUGGCCCAGGACAAGCUCUUCAUGGAGGCGUGGUGCCAUACGAAGGAGGCGGUCCUAGAGGGCGGCAGCGCCUUCACCAAGGCGUUCGGUGCGUCGUGGUUUGAGCAUGCCGCCACGGAUGCUCGCUUCAACCGCGUCUUCAACGAGGCCAUGGAGCAGCACUCCGUCAUCAUCACCAAGAAGCUGCUCGAGCUGUACCAUGGAUUCGAGGGCAUCGGCACCCUCGUGGACGUGGCCGGCGGCCUCGGCGCCGUCAUCCACGCCAUCACCACCAAGUACCCGGGCAUCAAGGGGAUCAACUUCGACCUGCCCCACGUAAUCUCGGACGCGCAGCCUUACCCUGGCGUGGAGCACGUCGGCGGCGACAUGUUCGAGAGUGUGCCCUCCGGCGGCAACGCCAUCCUCAUGAAGUGGAUCCUCAACUGCUUUAGCGACCAGGAAUGUGCCAAGCUGCUCAAGAACUGCUACGACGCAUUGCCCGACCAUGGCAAGGUGAUCAACGUGGAGUGCAUCCUGCCGGCCAAGCCCGACGCAACCAACAGCGCGCAGGGGUUGAUCAGCGACGACGUCUGCCUGCUGGCCUACAGCCCGGGUGGCAAGGAAAGGUACCUCAGGGACUUGGAGAAGCUGGCCAAGGGUGCUGGAUUCACCGGCGUCAAGCCCACAUACAUCUACGCCAACUUUUGGGCUAUCGAGUACACCAAGUAGCCGCGGUCCCUUAAUUUGCUACCCACCAACCUAUUGCUAAUUCUCAUUCUCAUCUAACUUCCACACCAUUUAAUUAGUUAAUAAUUAAGGAAAACUAAUUACUAAUCUGUAUCAAUUAAUUAAUGGUGUAAGAGUUUGGUGAGAACAAAAUACACCCUUUUUAUGCAAAAUAAGAUCCUACAAUCAAAUUAUACGUACGGAGAACUAGAGCACAUUUUCAUUCGAUAAUAACUUCUACCUAUAUAUGUUACAGUAUCAUCUUACAAUAUUAUGUAACU